AGGGGCGGGGGCAGUUACAAAACCGGUCAGUAAGUAACGCGGGAGUUUUCAUAACAGCAGCGUGAUUCAAAGGAAGUGUGUUGAAUAACUUCACCUGCAUAGACAUGGAUGCAGAUAAAAGUGAAAUAAGUUUAAAGACGAUGCAACGUUUACAGGAGAGGACACCGUCUCAGAACCCUGGAAUGGACGAACCAGUACGCCGGACUUCCCGCCGAAUCAGAGAGAGAAAAAAACAAGAAAAGAAACAAAUUUUAUCCCCAAAAUGUCUAACAUUUAGGUCUAAGGUGAAAAACACCAGAAAGGGAGUCAAGAGAAAGAAAAAUGACAUUGAGGAGGAAGAAAAUGUUCAAGAGACACAAGCAGACAAUGACACAGAAUUUCUUCCAGGUUAUCGUGAGGGUUUGUCUGAAUAUGAGCUGGAGCGACUGGAGAAUAUCCGACAGAACCAGGCCUUCCUCAAUUCCCUGAAGUUGACGCAGAUUUCUGAAGCUCUGAGACCCAAGCCAAAACCUACUCUGAAAGGCCUGAAAAAGGAAAAGACAGAAACAGAGAUGUUCCCUGUUCGCAAGUCACUGCGAUUACAGAAUAAGGGUCCUCAAACAGCUGUUACUCUAGAAAUGACCCCUUCUACAGCCAAAGAGCCUGAAAAAAUAGUUAAAAAAGCCCAUGGACCAAUACCACUGGAUCCAAUCAACCUGGAGGAAUAUGUCAGGAUACCUGAAGAUCUAAUAAAUCUCUGGAAUGAGGUCCCAUUAAAACGAGAUACAGAAACAUUGGAUUUGAAAUCGUACCAAGAAGUGCUGCAGAAAUUAUCCAUUGAUGAAGGUUGUGUGGUGAAAGUUGUGAAAGGUCGGGUCUGUUCAGCAGCUUUUCACCCCUCCGCUUCUAACUUGCUCAUGGCAGCAGGAGACAAGUUCGGCCACCUGGGACUCUGGAAGCCAGAUGCUAAAUGGGGCGAUGAUGGUGUACUCUGCUUUGAACCCCACUCUCGUGCAAUUACCAGCAUGGCCUUUUCAUCUCACCCUUGCAACCUCAUCACAGUCAGCUAUGAUGGCUCUGCACGCAGCAUGGACCUGGAAAAGGCUGUGUUUGAUGAGGUGUAUCGCUCAACCUCUGGCCUGAAAAGUUUUGACUUUUUGUCAAAGGACUGCUCCACUUUACUAUUCGGUGAAUGGAAUGGAGAUGUUGCUGUUGUUGACCGUAGAACUCCUGGGGUAUAUGAAUCUUUGCAUACCAUGGCUGAAAAACCUAUACGCUGUGUUCAUGUCCAUCCUGUGCAACAGCAUUACUUUGUAGUGGCAGAGAGCAGUUUUGUGAACAUAUAUGACUUGCGUCAUCUAAAACGAAGGAACAGUCUAGCAGUCUGUGAACUCAACGGUCACAGUCGCAGCGUCUCCAGUGCCUUUUUCUCCCCACACACAGGCAACAGAGUUCUGACCACCUGCAUGGACAACGAGAUCAGGGUAUUCAACACUUCCCAAAUGGAUUGCAAUACUCCUGUAAUAAAAUCAAUUAUGCACAACAUGCAUACAGGUCGGUGGUUGUCCAAACUGAGUGCAGUAUGGGACCCCAAGCAGCAAGAAUGUUUCGUGAUUGGCAGCGUGGACAGGCCUCGCCAAAUUCAGGUAUAUCACGAGAGUGGUCGUGUCCUUCACACUUUUCGCAACAUGGACCACCUGACCACAGUGUGCUCCAUCACAGCAUUCCACCCAAGCAGGAACACUCUACUUGGAGGCAAUUCAAGUGGGAAACUGCACAUCUUUACCGACUGUUUCAUCAACUAGGAGAAAUACAUUUAUUUACCUGUUUAUUGAAUUGAUUGUGUUGGUUUUCUGCUUCCCUCUUCUUCUUUUUUAAUACGCACAACAUAGCACUUACUUGUACUGUUGUUUUAUAUAAAAUACGUUGUUGGUUUUCGUUCUUGUAACAUUAAACAUGUAAUAUUAAAGAAGAGGAUAUAAAGACUAAUAAUCUGUCAUAUUUUUUCUUUACCUGUAUUUUCUUAUGAACAUGCUAAUCUUGAAAUCAAAUGCAAAGAAAGUUUAUAGUUUUGGUUUUCUGCUUCCUUUUUUUUUUUCACACAACAUAGCACUUGCUUUUACUGUUGUUUUAUAUAAGAUGUUGUUUGUUUUCGUUCUUAUAACAUUUAACAUGUAAUAUUAAAGAAGAGGAUAUAAAGACUUGAAUACUCUGUCAUCUUUUUUCUUUACCUGUAUUUUCUUAUGAACAUGCUCAUCCUGAAUUCAAAUGCAAAGAAAGUUUAUGGUUCCCUUUUUUUUUUUUACACACACCAUAGCACUUGCUUGUAUUGUUG